ACUUAUUAACUGAUUGGUCAACGAAGAACCUACCCCGGAAGUAAGCACAAAAACUCGCUAUGGGGACUCGUUUGAAGGUUUUAAACGUGUUUAAAAGGCUGCACAGAACAAGGAUUGAUGUAUUCAGGGAUGAUGAAAGAGCACUAACGGCUGCAAGGUUAAAGAUCAAUGGGGAAUUCAAGAAAAAUAAAAAUGAAACAUCAGAGGAAAAUAUUCAGCAGAUGAUUAAAAUGGGCUCUGAUGUGGAAACUGUCCUACGUGAGACUGUGCUACAAGUUGAGCACGUUGGAGAAAACAAACUCUUGCUUCGACCUCGAGAGAGCCUUCUACUGGAAAAUGUACCAUAUUGCGAUGGACCAAGAAAAAAGUCAUAACAAACCAUACAUUUUAUGAAUUUUUAUUCAUUAAGAAAGAGACUGUCAGUUAUUUUUUCAUUUGCUAUUUACAAAUAUAAUUUACAGUGUUUCAGAACCUCCUGAGCAAAAACAUUUGGAGGAUCAU